AUGGAUCAAGCAAAGCUCGGCGCAGAGGCACUCAGUGCAGGCAACUACGCCGAAGCCAUCAAGCUAUACACAGCCGCCCUUGCAGUCUCACCCACAUCACCCGACUACCUCAUCAAACGAUCUACCGCAUACCAGAGAACCUCGCCCGCCGACUAUCAGUCAGCCCUUGCUGAUGCCGACAAGGCCGUGCUCAGUGCACAAAAGAGAGGCAAGCGCGAGCUCAUCGUCCAGGGCCAGUUCCGACGAGCCAUAGCACUCUUCGGUUUGGAACGCUACCCCGACUGCCGCUUCCUGCUUGACGUUGUCAAGCGUAUGGAUCCGAAAGACAAGUCUAUUCCUAUGUGGGAAAGCAAGGUCAACACAAAAAUCUCCGCCAUGGAAGGCUCGACCGAUGUUACUGUCAAGGAGACACCUGAAGAGAAGGAGGACACUACAGUCGCAAGCCCUCCCAAGAAGGCUGACACAACACGCACAACCACCUCUACUCCCGCACAACCCCCUGCAGUGACUCAGACACCCGCAGACAAGAUCCGUCAUGACUGGUACCAGAACAACGACAAGGUCUACUUUACCCUCCUCGCAAAGGGCGUCCCCAAGGACAAGGCCAUCAUCGAUAUUCAAACUCGCUCUCUGAGCAUCUCCUUCCCCCUACAGAGUUCUUCCGACUUCGACUUUUCUCUCGAGCCCCUCUUCGCCGAGAUCGAUCCUUCAGCAUCAACCUCUUCCAUCAUGUCCACCAAGGUCGAAGUCGUCCUCAAGAAGUCACAACCCGGUCAAAAGUGGUCAGCUCUAGAAAGCAACGAGCCUGUCGCGAACAAGUCGACUACCACCGCAUCCGUACCCUCGUCGGUUCUCCAACCUACCACCACACAAAAGGCACCUUCAUACCCUACCUCAUCCCGCAGCGGCCCCAAGGAUUGGGACAAGCUGGCAUCUGAAGCUCUCGCCAAGCCCAAGACUGGCGAUUCCAAGUCAGACGGUAAGAUCGAGGAAGAGGAGGAGGACGAGGGUGGUGAUGCAGUCAAUGGCUUUUUUAAGAAACUCUACGCCGGUGCAGACGCUGAUACCCGUCGCGCAAUGAUGAAAUCCUUCAGCGAAAGCAACGGUACCGCUUUGAGCACCAACUGGGAGGAAGUCAAGAAGGCCAAGGUCGAGACCAACCCACCUGACGGCUUGGAAGCAAAGAAGUGGUAGUCCACACCUCUUGAUGGACUUCUCUUGGUUAGUUUAUGGUUAUUGAUUUACAUGGUGCCGUACGGCAUAGCAUGGUUUUUCUAAAAUAGCAGGGUGCUUUGGAGUUAUUUUUAUUUGGUCAAUACCAGCGCUCACUUGGAGCCAGGGUAGUUUCGGCACAGUCUAAAUCAAUUCAUAUUGACAUUGAUCUCACGCAUCAGAGUUC